AUGACGAAGAACGAUAUCUGGCAGCGCGCCUUGACGGCAGCAGCAGCCGCUCUCGCUCUCAUUCCCUCUGCCCACGCGGCCGGCCUCACACUCUCGGUUGACGACUCCUCGUCGAUCAAAGCCGGCGCCGCCACUGUGGCAAACGGCCUGAUGAAGCUCUACGUCAACAACGCCACGGGUACUACGCCCAUCCUUGUUGGCACCUUCGACAAACCCAUCUAUUGGUGGGAGGCAGGUGCCGUGUGGGGCGGCCUGAUCGACUACUGGUCCUACACGGGCGACGCCAGCUACGUGGACACCGUCACCCAAGCGCUGCUCGCGCAAAAGGGUCCUUCCAACGACUUUAUGAACACCGAGUGGGAAAAGGAACUUGGAAAUGAUGACCAAGUAUUCUGGGCACUGGCCGCCAUGUCGGCAGCAGAGCAGAACUUCCCUGAGCCCAGCGCGGCCAGCACGGCCGGCGUGACCAACCCACCAUCUGCCUGGCUCGACCUGGCUGUCAACGCGUUCAACACGCAGGUCGCGCGGUGGGACACUGCGACGUGCAACGGCGGACUGCGCUGGCAGGUGUACGCUAGCAACAACGGCUACACGUACAAGAACUCGAUCUCCAACGGCGGCCUUUUCCAGCUGGCGGCGCGCCUCCACCGCUACACGGGCAACGCGACGUAUGCCGACUGGGCGACCAAGGUGUGGGACUGGAGCGUCGGCGUCGGCGCCGUCAGCGCCUCUUCGUACGACAUCUACGACGGCGCGGGCGUGGACCAGAACUGCACCCAAUUCGACAAGACGCAGUGGAGCUACAACGUCGCCAUGUACCUGUACGGCGCCGCCGCCAUGUACAACAGCACCGACGGAGCCGCCCCGUGGGACGCCCACACCAAGGGCCUCCUCGACAACGCCGCCCGCAUCUUCUUCUCGCCCCCGGCCGGCAACGCCACCGACGUCGCCUUCGAGCCCGCCUGCGAGCCCCUCGGCACCUGCAACACCGACCAGCUCUCCUUCAAGGCCUACCUCUCGCGCUGGCUGGCCAAGAUGAGCGUCAUCGCCCCGGCCGUCGACAACGGCACCGUCUUGCCCCUGCUGCGCGCUUCUGCUCUCGGUGCUGCCGCCGCCUGCUCCGGUGGCGACGAUGGCACCAGCUGCGGCUACCGCUGGGACAUCAACGGCUACGAUGGCAAGGCCGGCGUCGGCCCGCAACUCGCUGCGCUGGAGGUCAUGCAGGCGCUGCUGAUCGGCUCGGCCCCGGCGCCGGGCAAGCAGGAGGGAAGCAGCAGCAGCAACGUGGCGGUUCAAGCGGCAUCAUCGCCUUCGCCGACAACCAUGCUCACCUCCGUCGUCGUACCUUCGACGCCGACCGCGGCGCCGUCGACUUCCACGACUACCGUGCAGGAGACAGUGACUACCACCGCCGAGCAGACGGUGACGAGCACGACAUACGCGGCGGCCAGUACGGCGGCGGUCAUGGCGAGGUGGAUCGCGGCUGCGGCGGCGAAGGCACAGCCUGCGGACGCCAUGUUCUGA